CAAACCCGGGCAUUGGAUUUAAUGCCAGUAAGGUUUGCUUUCAAGACUAUUGUCGUGGUAUUAAAGUACAUGAUGUGUCGCGUUUUGGCAAGCGUACAGUGGCCAUUUACUCGUGUUCGUUGCUAUUACAGGGAAGGUCAGUUGGAUAUUUUAAGAGCAGCUAGCAUUAGCUACACGUCCCUUUUUGGCAGUCUGGUAACUUCGGCUGUGAGCAGGUCAGCCGCUGGACCUCAAAGACACACACACACAGGGUCGUUUGAGUUAAGUCCCGGCUUACGCGUAACCACAAUGACAGUCUGUUCCCGUGAUAUUAACCCCAUCGUUAAUGUCAGAGAGAGAAUCAGGCUAACUCAGCUAACGUUAGCCAGUGCAAGUUACUAGCUGGUGUUUGUGAAGACAAUGCUAACCCAACGUUACCCUCCUGUAACAGCACAAUAAUCCGUGCUGUCAGAGCAGCAAGCCGGGACAGAUACAUCACUUCAUACAUCGUUAUUGACUACAUCAGUAAUGGAGUUAUUAGCAGCUCGCUGAACUCAGUUUGAGGACAUGCUGAUCUUCAGUGAGGUGUUCAAACGCUGCAGCUCGUUGGAGGACAUGGCAUAGCAUGCAUAAGCUGAAGUCUUCGCAGAGGGACAAGGUACGGCAGUUCAUGUCCUUCACACAGGCUGGGGAGAAAACGGCCGUGUACUGUCUCACACAGAAUGACUGGAAACUAGAAGUUGCUACAGACAACUAUUUUCAGAAUCCAGAGCUUUACUGUAAGGAAUCCAUGAAAACCUCAGUAGACCGUAAGAAGCUGGAACAGCUCUACAAUCGCUACAAAGAUCCCCAGGAUGAGAAUAAGAUUGGUAUUGAUGGGAUCCAGCAGUUUUGUGACGACCUCUCACUGGAUCCAGCCAGCAUCUCUGUGCUGGUUAUUGCGUGGAAGUUUCGUGCCGCCACUCAGUGUGAGUUCACCAAGAAGGAGUUUAUGGAUGGAAUGACCGAGCUGGGGUGUGACAGCCCAGAAAAACUGAAGGCACUUUUGCCAAGAUUAGAACAAGAGCUAAAAGAUAGUGGAAAGUUCAAGGACUUCUAUCAAUUCACCUUUAACUUUGCCAAAAAUCCUGGCCAGAAGGGUCUUGAUUUGGAGAUGGCCGUAGCCUACUGGAACCUGGUCCUUUCGGGACGAUUUAAAUUCCUCGAUCUUUGGAAUAGAUUCCUUUUGGAACACCAUAAACGAUCUAUCCCAAAGGACACAUGGAACUUAUUGUUGGACUUUGGCAACAUGAUAGCAGACGACAUGUCAAACUAUGAUGAGGAAGGAGCUUGGCCAGUCCUUAUAGAUGAUUUUGUGGAAUUCGCUCGACCAAUUGUAACAGGAUCAAAACGCAAAACUCUCUAAAUCUAAUCCCGACUCUGGAAAACCAGAACAUUGUUUCUUUUACAGUGACUUGAUAGUUUUUUUUAAGACUUGUACAAAAGAGAAAAAAAAAGAAAAUUGUAGACUUCAGAGUGAAAACCGAAGCACUUGAAACUGUCAGGAAACCACCUUUCAGGGAGCUGAGUAUAAACUACGAGAACGACUGGCCACGUUUUCUGCCCUCUUGAGUCUGAGGCGUCAUAUGGACAUUGCCAGAUUCUCAGUAUCCUGGAUGCCCCUGUGCUCUGCUCCAGGAGGAGCACUACAGCCCCCAUAGGUGGGCAUAGACACAGCACUGAGAGGAGGUUCACUGGCUGCGUGUACUCUGAAUGGACUGGAGAAGCUGUGUGUUUUAAGAUUCUUCCUAGUCAACCGUGUCUCAAAGCUCUGAGUGACUGUGCAAAGUUCCCAUGUCUUAUUGUCUUAUUCUAACCUUGGGACAGAGUGCUCACUACACCAGCACCAACAGAACUGUUGCAGUUUUUACUGUACAUACUGUAUCUAUUGGGACAGUUUACAAAGAGAGCUAUAUGAAGAAUAAUAUAAAUAUGUUCAAUUUAUAAAUACAAAAGAUGAUUGUUUUAUGUACAGUAAAUGCUAAGUUCUCUAACGGGAUGCCUCAAUAUUGUGGAUGAUAUGCUGUUGGUUUAAUUGUUAGGUGGCUCUGUUAAGUCAUGGAAUUGUGAGCUUCUCAUCAAAAGCAUGUUGAAACACAUUUUACGUCACCCCUGGCUGGUUUCACCAUAAAUUUUCACUAAAGUAAAGGCAGUACUUUAAUUUAGAUCAUGGAUAUUGGGUUGUGUUGUCUGAAUAAUCUCAGUGGAGAGUGGGUCUUGAAUCCUAAAUGUCACAUAGUCGACUCUUUUCACCGUUUCUUUCAGAAGCAAUUUUGUUUUUUAUCAAUUCAUCACUUUGAUGCGUUUUUUUUAUGCUUAAACAACUGUUUAGCAGCACUUGAGAGAAAUUUUGAAAUUAGGAAACGACUGACCUUUAGGAUUGCAUGGCACAUAUCUGUAUGUUUAGGCAGUGCAAAGCCCUUAAUACAGAAAUCAGGACACUAAAGAGGGCGACAACAGGACGACAAAGUAAGCCUUAAGAUUAAAAAUCUGUCUGUUUGAUAUUUGUAUUUCUGUUUAACCCCAUCUGUUCAGUGUUCCUGAAGGUAGUGAAAAAUAGAAAAUAUUGUUGAUACAUUGUGUAAGUAGCCUAAUAUUGUUCAUUUACGAAAGAUGAAUAAAGCAUGAGU